AGUGAAUUGAGACAAAAACGACAAUAGAUUUGAAUAAUCGAUGCAUUCAUUUGAGGCAUCAAUUGGUUUCCCGGCUUUCGCUCAAUGUUUAUAUGAAUUAAGGCUUUCAUUGGUUUCACUGAUUGUCUCAUAUUUGCGGCCAAAAGAUGUCUAAACCAGAAGAAGAGAGCGAUUUGAAUGAAGCGAACGAUGACUGCGAGGACACCACCAAUACUGACGACAAGACCAAUGACGACAAGGAGGACGAGGAGGAGAAUGAUGAGUCAAAGAGCGGAACUCCUGCCGAGUCAGUGAUCGGCGAGAAUUUGGUUCAAAUAAUCUCUUCGGCGGACUUCAACGCCACGUUAGACGGCGACAGAUCUAAACGAUUUGAUUAUCUCCUCAAACAGACGGAGAUAUUCUCGCAUUUCAUGACAUCUGGCAAUCAUGGGUCCACCCAAGCGGUGCCCACUAAAGCCAAACCCGGACGCAAACCCAAAACUAAGUCUUCGGAACCGGUGUCUCCACCAAAGCCUCGCCUGUCAACCGAUGCCACGGAUCACAGACACCGCAUGACUGAACAGGAAGAGGAUGAGGAGCUGUUGACGGCCCAAAAGAAGUCACUGAAUGUGAUCCGUUUCGAAGAGAGUCCCAGUUAUAUAAAAUACGGCGAAAUGAGAGACUAUCAGAUCCGAGGUCUGAAUUGGAUGAUCAGUCUUCAUGAGAACGGAAUCAAUGGAAUACUGGCCGAUGAGAUGGGUUUAGGGAAGACUUUGCAGACGAUUAGUUUGUUGGGGUAUAUGAAGCACUACCGGAACAUCCCGGGCCCUCAUAUGGUGAUCGCUCCCAAAUCGACUCUUACUAAUUGGAUGAAUGAAGUGAAGCGAUGGUGUCCUUCACUGAAUGCCGUUUGCCUUAUCGGUGACCAACAGACCAGAUCUGCUCUCAUUCGCGACACUUUGUUGGGAACGCCUAACGAGUGGGACGUAUGUAUCACUUCGUAUGAGAUGAUAAUCCGUGAGAAGGCGGUGCUGAAGAAGUUCAACUGGAGGUAUAUAGUGAUAGAUGAGGCGCAUCGCAUCAAGAAUGAAAAGAGCAAACUCUCCGAAAUCAUCCGCGAAUUCAAGUCAACCAAUCGUCUGCUUCUCACGGGAACUCCCCUUCAGAACAAUUUGCAUGAGUUGUGGGCUUUACUCAACUUCCUGUUGCCGGAUGUGUUCAACUCGUCCGACGACUUCGACGCCUGGUUUAACACAAAUAACUGUUUGGUUGGCGACAACUCUCUGGUCGAGAGAUUGCACGGAGUUUUGAGACCUUUUCUCUUGAGACGUCUUAAGAGUGAAGUGGAGAAGAAAUUGAAGCCUAAGAAGGAAACUAAGAUUUAUGUGGGACUCAGUCGUAUGCAAAGGGAAUGGUAUACAAAGAUUCUGAUGAAAGACAUCGAUAUAGUGAACGGCGCCGGAAAGAUGGAUAAAAUGCGUUUACUUAACAUUUUAAUGCAACUGCGAAAGUGUGCGAACCAUCCGUAUCUGUUUGACGGCGCAGAGCCCGGCCCUCCCUAUACCACAGACAAGCAUUUGGCGGACAACAGCGGAAAGAUGGCUAUUCUCGACAAACUGUUGCCCCGUUUCGAGGAGGAGGGCAGUCGUGUCCUUAUAUUCAGCCAAAUGACUCGAAUGCUUGACAUUCUCGAGGAUUACUCCCUGUGGAGAGGAUAUAGAUAUUGCCGAUUAGAUGGACAGACAUCUCACGAGGAGAGAGAGCGACAGAUCGAUGAGUUUAAUAAACCCGAUUCCGAUCGCUUCCUAUUUAUGUUGAGCACAAGAGCUGGAGGUCUGGGAAUCAAUUUAGCGACGGCUGAUGUGGUUAUUCUGUAUGACUCCGAUUGGAACCCUCAGGUGGACCUCCAGGCGAUGGACAGGGCUCACAGAAUCGGCCAAAAGAAAGUCGUUCGAGUGUUUCGUUUAAUUACAGACAAUACGGUUGAAGNCAAAUGA